AUGCAAUCCCAUAACAGGCGACCAUUUAACUAUCAUCUUUCAGGUCACGAUGUUUCCAAGAGCGCAUUAUCAGACUUUUACUCUGAUUCACGCAAACAUGGCUAUCAGGGUCCUCUACGCAGCGUGCGCAUGCAUCGCACAACGCCAAAUGGCGGAGGCACAAUAGCCAAAAGUGAGGACGGCACGAGAUGUGUUGUUGCGGGCAAAGAAUUUGUCAAAGCUCUCCGAAUUCUUACCAUGUCGGGGCCUUCUCAAGUUUCAAAUGCAGAUCACAAGUCGUCCAUUGGUCGUGGCGGUCAUAGGAUUGAUUCUACCCGCAAUCUUUGGGAUGGUAGUGGCUUGAAAAUGGACAGUGCUAGUACAGAUGUUGCUUGGGGCUAUGGAGGGCUUAUACACCCUAAAGCAUUUGACCGUAAGAUACUAACAAGUGCGAGAAACGGCGAUCUCAUAAUGUGGGAUAUCGACAAGUCGGGGCAAUCGAAAUUUGAACGCAGAACAAGAGAUCACGUUCGGUCCAUUCAAAAGCUUUCCUACUCGCGCAUCGUUCAUUAUUACUGUAUUACUGGGUCUGCUGAUGGGGAUGUGCGCGUUUGGGACCUGCGAGAUAUGUCGAGAUCUUUGAUGAAAAUUCAUCAUCCGACUUCUGUCCGUAGCUUGGUAUUUUCUCCAAGUUUAUCAUCUCCUCUCCAGGCUGUUGUAGGCUUGGACAACGGUAGUAUAUACCGGUGGGAUCUGAAAAUGGGCCAACGAGGACAAUUAGAUCGUCUUCCUGUUGCCCACUCUGGAUCUAUCCUCUCCCUUGAUUGGUGCAAUGCUACCUCUACUGCAGAUACCUCAUCAGGAUCUGAGGGUACGCCAAACAUCGAAGGAGGUUGGGUCGUUAGUGGCGGCUUGGACCACACUGUCAAGAUAUGGGAUUUAACAGCAACAGGGGCUAAUUCUCACAUUCCUCACAAGCCGACUUAUACAUUGCACCCCGCAUAUCCUGUUCGCCGUGUUCUUUGGCGACCAGAUUAUCCAUGUGAACUUGCUUUGGUCUCGAAUGCAGAGCUUGGUUAUGGUUCCAAUCCUGAUCUCAUGCACAAUAUUGUUGGCACUGGUACUUUAACAAGCCCGCGCAUGCCCCCCUCUGAACUAGCUUUACGAAUCGGAAACGAAGGUAAGGUGUCAGAUAGCAAGAACGUAGUGGGAGAUGCUGUAGAAAUAUGGGAUGUCAGAAGAGGUUGGAUUGCUAAAUGGACAGUGGAAGCCUCUUUCAUAGAGGGUGCGGUCACGGAUAUCGCAUUUUGUGAUUCGCAUUCUAUGUGGGCACAACAUGCCUCUGGAACUUUCGCACAGCUUGAUUUGAGGCAGUCAGUGAAACCUAUCAGCGCUGUUCCUCGCGUGUCUCUUUCAUGGGGCAUUUCUGGAUCCCUGGCUUUUGUAUCUGACAGGCAGACACGUUGUGAAGUUCCUUAUGAUGACCUAAAUCCAGAAAAGCGACAGCUUAUUAAGGAUCGUAAGAUGAAGUUCAAAACCCUCGGCGAUGGUGCCCGCGUGCCAGGAUUACAGAGUAUGGGUAUGUAUACCCAGAGCAGUAGCGACCAGAAUUCAGAAGCUCUUUCAAAACUUGCCCGGGAGUACGUGUUUGAAGGAGCUGAUCGUCAGCAUAUAUGUAUAAUGAACUCAGAGAUCGCUAUACAAGCAGGCAAGGUCCAAGCAUCCCAGGUCUGGUUAUUACUAGCGUCUUUAUUGACCGACAUCAUUCCUGACAACUAUUGUGAAUCGCUUCCGGCACCCGCUCCAGCUACUAAUCCACCACUCCCACAUUCCAUAUCUGCGCCAGCAGCGUUGCCAACAAUCAGCUCUACACCAUCCAAAUUUGCGUCGAAGCGUGCGACCUCUUCUGAUUCUCUAGUGCAGCUGCCUCAAACUCAGCGUAGCCCAGCCUCCAGGCACGACGUUGAGGCAGAAGUUGUAACUAAAGUGCCCUCAAAUUCACGGAAUUUGACUCCUGUAUCUUCCGCUUCGUCUUCUCCUCGUCGUCCUCUAAGCGCCUUACCACUAGCAACCCCCAGGCAGCCGUCGGUGUUUUCUCACCGUGAGUCGAACACAGGAUUUGUUCGGCGGCCUUCUGUCCUUAGUCGCCCCUCCGUCACUUCAAACACGACUAGCGAAAACCCUAGCGAGAGUUCCAGAAGUCAUAGUAAUCUUCGGCAUGUAGGUGAAGGUGCCCUUGACGAUUCCGAUUCGUCUGAGAACGAUGACUCUGAAGACCCCGGAAAAGAUGGUUAUUGCAGUAAUAGUGAUGAGGAAACUGGCCUUCGCCCACUCAUAUCCCCGUACACUAAGCCAACCAGGGUGCCUACACACCCAAGUCCUCUGUCACAUAUUGCGGGCCAGGAGGAGUGGACAGAUGAUGAAGGCGAAGAUCAUAGCGAAGGCGAAGCUUCUCCAUCACCAGGUUCUACCGAUACAGAAUCUAGUAGCUCAAAUGCUGCUCGCAACAGGACGCGAAAGUCAAGCUCGCUGAGAAAACAAUCCAGCCGUGUCAAGUCACGUAGUCGUAGCUCCACUGUAGCUUCUUUAGCUGCUCCCUUGUCGCAUCGCGCUUUGAUCAAGCAAGAAUCGCAAAACUCUAUAAGAACCGUGAUUGCAGGAGAUGCGUCUGCAAGAGAUCAGGAAUUUGACGCAGAGCUCGCAAUAGAUGACACUGCUCGAGGCGUCUAUAGCAACAAGUCGGUCGAUAAACAGCCAUUGACGUCUCACAAACGGAAGAUAUCGCAGGUCUUUUCUGGUGACUCUGCACCUCAAUUCAAAGACUGUGGUGACGAAGAGCGUACAUUCCCUUCAAUGUGUAAGGUACAGAUCAGCCGACAGAGAAAGGAGCUUGUUCAAGAAGAAGAGGCGAAGCUGCGUGAUAUAGGUUGGCAAGCACUCCGGGAUGCCUUGGAGCAGUAUGCAGACGAGGGUGACGUGCAAAUGUGCACGAUGCUUUCUCUGGUAGCAGGCCAAGAGCUUUCAAUUAGCAAAUCGAGACUCUUACGCUUUGUCGAGUCAUAUAUCGACAUACUGACUCGACUACGCCUCGACACAUCUGCGGCUUAUUUGCGAAAAUUCUCUGGUGUCAAUGAUGUAUGUAACAUGACCAAGUUGGAGACCACAGUGUAUACAGCAUGUGGAAAUUGUCGCAAGCCCGUUAAUCUGUCUACCUCGCAACGAAAUGGCUCCUCUAAGAAAGGAGCUUUCUCAUAUUGUAAUGCUUGCCGCAAGGCUUUUAAAUGCGCCAUAUGCCAUUUACCUGUCAAGGCUCUGAUGUUUCAGUGUUCUAUCUGCGAACACGGUGGUCAUCAAGAAUGCUACAGAAGAUACUAUAUGGGACGUCCCUUGGUAGAAGUCAAGGGGCCGACUCCGUUUGGUGAUGAGAAUAUGGCUCAUCUCGUAGCCCGCGACAGUCCUUCGUUGAGCCUUGGCGAUACCGAUGGCAGCGCCCCUUCAUCGGAUGUUUUCGCUAGCGCAACGUCUACUCUAGGAUCUGCUCAACUUAUGGGGCAUAUGUGCGCUGCUGGAUGUGGCCAUCAUUGCUGGGCUGCUGCGAAGAAUGAGGGCAGUGAUCUAUAA